AUGAAGAUCAUUUGUCUUCACCCUUGGGGAGCAUCUGCCGAGAUCUUCGAGAGACAAUUGUCCUUUCUCUGCGCCUUGAUCGGCGAGUCCCAUGAAUAUGUCUUCCUCGAUGGCCCGGUUUCGUGUGGGCCCGCGAACGGCAUUCCUCCCGAUAUGCCGGGUCCCUUCUACAACUGGUAUGAUGGGCUGUCCUCCUCACAAGUGAAAGAAGCGCACGACCUUGUGAUGGAUGUCAUCGAAGCCGAAGGCCCUUUUGAUGGAGUCAUUGGCUUCAGUCAAGGAGCGUCCCUCGCCCUGUCCAUUCUCUAUCAUCAUGAGAUAAUCCAUCCCCACCGACCCCCACCAUUUCGCUUUGCGGUGCUUUUCUGUGCAGUCCUGUCCAUCUCUCCGGAUCCGAUGUUCAACAAGGACCUCAUCGGCAAAUAUGCCCGGUAUUACAAACAGGCGAAGCAGGACAAAAGGGAAAGCGAUGAGAAGAAGGACGAUGAUCCGCCGACAACGGGGGAGCCGUUUGAGCUUGGUCUCUUCCACCCGCAGGAUGAGAGCGCCACACACAAGAAAGCAUCGAGACUCAAGAACCACCACCACCACCACCACCGGGCAAUGCUGCUGUUACCGGGCCAAAAAGCUGCCCUGGUCCGAGAGCUUGUCACGCUCGUUCGCCAGCUCGCGGAACAUGGAGGUGACCACAACCAUGCCGCGCGGACGCAGUGGAAUACGCGCGGUGGGGGGGAAAGGCGGAUCUCCAUCCCGACCGUUCAUAUCAUCGGCCGGUCGGACCCGCUGCGACGCCAUGGGGAGUUGCAGGCAAGGCUUUGCAGCAAGAAUCUGACCCGGGUCGUGGAAUUCGAGGGCGCUCAUAAAGUGCCUCACAAGGGGAAUGACUUGCAGGCGGUGCUUAGAGCUGUGGAAUGGGCUAUGCGAAUGGCACAGAUGCGUUGA